AUGAAUGGCACUGAUAUGGAGGAAAUACCGUUUCAGAAAGUCAAGACCAAGAGGAAGAAGUGCUGCCACUGCUGCUGCUCCCCGCCUGCUGCCGCGGCGGCGGGAGCGGGAGCCGGGCUGGGGGACCCCCCUCCCUUGCUGCUGCUGGAUGCCAUCGCCUGCGAGGACGAGUUCGACUGCAAGGAGCUGGAGGCUCUCUUCCAGAGCUAUAACCUGAAGCUGGAGCAGACGUCUACCCUCAAGGCGCUGGCCGUCCUCAUCGUUCUCACGGCCAGCCUGGCCCUUGUGGAGCUGCUCUCUGGACCCAGCCUGACCAUCUCCAAAGGCUCGCACCCGGUGCACUGCAUCAUCUUCCUCUCCCUCUUCAUCGUCACCAAUGUCAAGUACCUGCAGGUCACCCAGCUGCAGCAGAUCGUCAAACUCACCUUGCUCUUCAGCUUCACCUUCUCCUUCCUCUGCUGCCCCUUCUCACUCGGCGCCUAUGGCAUGGAGCCCCCCAGCGCCCCCGAGCAGGGCAUGUGGCAGCUCAUGCUUGUCACCUUCGUCUCGUACUCCCUGCUACCCGUCCGGACCCUGUUGGCUAUCGUCUUCGGGCUGGUGGUAUCCGUCUCCCACCUCAUCGUCACCGCCACCUCCGUCAGCACCAAGAGGCAGCGGCUCUGGAGGACGCUUGUGGCCAAUGCAAUCCUUUUUGUCAGUGUAAAUUUGUAUGGGGUCUUUGUGAGGAUUUUGACAGAAAGGGCUCAGAGGAAGGCAUUCCUUCAGGCCAGGAACUGCAUAGAGGACAGGCUGAGGCUGGAGGAUGAAAAUGAAAAACAGGAACGUCUCUUGAUGAGUCUUUUGCCCAGGAAUGUUGCAAUGGAAAUGAAGGAAGAUUUCCUGAAGCCUCCUGAAAGGAUUUUCCACAAGAUUUACAUUCAAAGACAUGACAAUGUUAGCAUUUUGUUUGCAGACAUUGUGGGGUUCACUAGUUUGGCAUCGCAGUGUACUGCCCAAGAGCUGGUGAAGCUGCUGAAUGAGCUCUUUGGCAAAUUUGAUGAGUUAGCUACAGAAAACCACUGCAGAAGAAUAAAAAUCCUAGGUGACUGUUAUUAUUGUGUAUCAGGAUUGACCCAGCCCAAAACGGAUCAUGCCCAUUGCUGUGUUGAAAUGGGACUGGACAUGAUUGACACCAUCACAUCUGUUGCAGAAGCCACAGAGGUUGAUCUCAACAUGAGAGUUGGAUUACAUACAGGAAGGGUACUUUGUGGGGUCCUGGGUCUCCGAAAAUGGCAAUACGAUGUCUGGUCAAAUGAUGUGACUUUAGCCAAUGUAAUGGAAGCUGGAGGGUUGCCUGGGAAAGUUCACAUUACAAAGACCACCUUAGAGUGCCUAAAUGGGGACUACGAAGUAGAACCAGGAUAUGGACAUGAAAGGAAUAGUUUCUUGAAGAAGCAUAAUAUCGAAACCUAUUUCAUUGUGCCAUCUCAUCGGAGGAAGAUAUUUCCUGGACUGAUUCUGUCAGACAUUAAGCCUGCUAAAAGAAUGAAGUUCAAGACAGUCUGCUACCUGCUUGUUCAGCUCAUGCACUGUCGUAAGAUGUUCAAAGCAGAGAUCCCUUUCUCCAAUGUCAUGACAUGUGAGGAUGAUGAUAAGAGGAGAGCUUUAAGGACAGCCUCUGAAAAACUCAGGAAUCGUUCCUCUUUUUCUACCAAUGUUGUAUACAACACUCCUGGAACUCGAGUAAACAGAUACAUCAGCCGUUUGAUAGAGGCCCGGCAAACUGAGUCUGAGAUGGCUGACUUGAACUUCAUUACCCUGAAAUAUAAACAAAUUGAGCGUGAAAAUAAAUACCACCAGCUUCAGGAUGAAUACUUCACCAGUGCUGUAGUCCUCUCACUAAUUCUAGCUGCCUUAUUUGGCCUUGUCUACCUUUUAAUAAUACCACAGAGUACCAUAGUCCUUGUCCUCCUGGUGUUCUGCAUAUGCUUCCUAGUCGCUUGUAUAAUGUACCUACAUGUCACACGAGUACAAUGUUUUCCAGGGUGCCUGACAAUACAAAUUCGUACCAUUUUGUGUAUUUUUAUUGUGAUAUUAAUAUACUCUGUGGCUCAAGGAUGUGUGGUUGGCUGCAUGCCUUGGGUUUGGAAUACCAAUUCCAGCAGUUCAAUAGUUAUAAUUUCUCCUGGUGGAACAAAUAAAACGAUGAAUGAACUUCCAUGUGACACAGCCCACUAUGCUUUCCUUUCCUGUGUAGUGGGGACUCUCACCUUGGCAAUAUUUCUACGCGUAUCUUCCUUGCCAAAAAUGAUUCUCCUGCUUUUUGUUACAAUUUUGUACAUAGUUAUUCUGGAACUCAGUGGUUACAGAAAAGCAGUGGGGGGUGGCUCCUUUUAUAUGCGUGGCUAUGAACCAAUACUAGCUAUUUUGCUAUUUUCUUGUGCUUUGGCACUGCAUUCCAGACAGGUGGACUUGAAGCUACGUCUGGACUACCUCUGGGCUGUGCAGGCAGAAGAAGAGAGAGAUGAUAUGGAGAGAGUUAAACUGGAUAAUAAACGAAUUCUCUUCAAUCUGUUGCCAGCACAUGUCGCACAGCACUUUCUUAUGUCUAAUCCAAGGAAUAUGGACCUUUAUUACCAGUCAUAUUCACAAGUGGGAGUGAUGUUUGCUUCCAUCCCAAAUUUCAAUGAUUUCUACAUUGAACUGGAUGGCAAUAAUAUGGGAGUGGAGUGUUUACGCCUGUUAAAUGAAAUUAUUGCUGAUUUUGAUGAGCUUAUGGACAAAGAAUAUUAUAAGGACAUAGAAAAGAUCAAGACAAUUGGAAGUACAUAUAUGGCAGCUGUGGGACUUGUACCUACUUCAGGAACUAAGGCUAAAAAAUCAAUUUUUUCCCAUCUGAGUGCACUGGCAGAUUUUGCAAUAGAGAUGUUUGACGUUCUUGAUGAAAUCAACUAUCAGUCUUACAACGACUUUGUCCUACGAGUAGGUAUUAAUGUUGGGCCUGUAGUGGCUGGAGUCAUUGGAGCCAGAAGACCACAGUAUGAUAUCUGGGGAAACACUGUAAAUGUUGCCAGCCGGAUGGAUAGUACUGGAGUGCAAGGGAAAAUUCAGGUUACAGAAGAAGUUCAGCGGAUAUUAAAGAGGUGCAGUUAUGAAUUUGUGUGCAGGGGUAAAGUCAGUGUAAAGGGAAAAGGUGAAAUGUUGACCUAUUUCCUGGAAGGAAAGGCCAAUGGAAAUAAUCCACAAACACGAUCUUUAAACUUAGAGCGGAAAAUAUACCCUUAUGGAAAAGCAAACAUUCAAACAAAACUGGGUACCAGCUGUCCAUCAGUGUCCUCAGUUGCUAGCUUUACCGUAAAUGCUGGGCUUGGAGCAGUUCAAGCAUCUGCCACUCAUACAAAUCAAACACUGCAUUAUCUUCCCUCUGUGCCAGCUGUGAAGGAGGCAUAG